AUGAGUCAGAAAUUUCUGAUAAUAAAGGAAAUUUUCUGGAACUUGAGUAAAGUUGUUUUGAAGAAUGCUCCGGGGAAUAGUCAGAUGGUUUCUCCAAAAAUCCAGAAAGAUAUUGUACAAUGUUUUGCAGAACAAAUAACCCAAGACAUAAUUCAGGAGAUUGGACAUGAUGUGUUUGGGUUACUCGUGGAUGAGUCUAGUGAUGUUUCUGAUAAGGAGCAGAUGGCAGUAGUUUUUCGUUUUGUUGACAAGAACGGGAUAGUGAAAGAGAGAUUUAUUGACCUUGUUCAUGUGAAAGAAACAUCUGCUUUAUCUCUGAAGUCUGCCAUUGAUUCUUUGUUUGCUAAACAUGGUUUGAGUUUAAAAAAGGUCAGAGGACAAGGCUAUGAUGGGGCAAUUGGAGCUUCCUGUAAAAGAAAAGAUAUGAUUCGAGAAAGUCAUCGAACGAAAGUGAACGAAGAAAUUAAUAGUGGAGAAAUUAACACAGGAAAAGGGUUGAAUCAAGAUAUUACUCUUCAGAGACCUGGAAAUACGCGUUGGGGAUCUCAUUACAAAACACUAUUGCGUUUGACUGGGUUAUUUUCUUCUGUCAUUGAUCUUCAAGAACUUAAUGAUCGAUUUGACGAGAUAAAUUCAGAACUGCUCAUUUGCAUGGCAUCUUUGAGUCCAGCUGACUCAUUUCGUGAGUUUAACAUGCCAAAUCUGGUGAAAUUGGCUGAAUUUUAUCCUGACGAUUUCAGUUUUUUGGAGAAAGUGUCUCUUCGACAUGAACUUAGUAUCUACAUCGAUAAUUUGACGAAAGAUGAUCGAUUUUCUAAUUUGACUAAUCUUGGAGAUCUUGCUCAUCUUAUGGUGGAAACAAAGAAACAUCUUUCAUAUCCAUUGGUGUACAAACUUUUGAAGUUGGCUCUGAUUUUGCCUGUUGCCACCGCGACUGUUGAGAGAUGCUUUUCAGGGAUGAAAUUUGUGAAGACAGCUUUACGCAAUCGGAUUGGUGAUCAGUUUUUGAGUAAUUGUCUAGUUUGUUUCAUUGAAAAAGAUAUAUUUCAGACGAUUACAAAUGAAAUUCUUAUGGAUAAAUUUCAGAAAAUGAAGAACCGUAGAAUUCAGUUGUAA